UCCUCUGCCCUCUGCUACGUUCUUUCAAAUCACAGGCAACAGAGAAAUCGACUGUUGUUCGCUCUUGCCCCAGCGACUCUAGGCUCCAGAUCUUCUAUCCUCCGGCAUGAUCAUGGUUGAUCUUGUCUCGGAUCUGAGGUCAUCCUCCUCGCAAUGCUCAUCGCUCUCGCUUCGCUUCGAGCGUGGAUUGGGUCUUAGCUGCUGGAUUGGGUCCAACGGGCAUCUUCUUCAUUGAUUUGAUCGAUCCGAUCUAGAAAAAACCCAUUUCCAUUCCUCGAUCGGUCAGGGCAUCAAAUGUGAAGGAACACGGGGCUCGAACGACGAGGAGGGAUGAUGGAUUGCUGUACGAUGAAGCCAAGACCAAGACUGCUCCUCCCCGUUGUCUUCCUCGGAGCUCUGGCUAUGGCGUUCCUCGGCCGCAAAACCGCAGAUGCCGCGAUCGGUGUGUGCUACGGGCGCAUGGCGGACAAUCUCCCCUCGCCGCAAAAGGCCGUCCAAUUGAUGCAAUCGCAAGGCAUCUCCAAGGUCCGCCUCUUCUCCCCGGACGCCGACGCCCUCUCCGCGCUCGCAAACUCCAACAUCGACGUGAUGGUGGGCGUCCCCAACACGGAGCUCCAAGGCAUCGCCCAGUCCCAGUCCUCCGCCACCGCCUGGGUCGCCACCAAUCUCCUCCCCCACCUCCCCGCCACCCGCAUCACCGCCAUCGCCGCCGGCUCCGAGGUCCUCACCGCCGCCACCGACGACGACGCCUACCUCCUCUCCGCCAUGCAGAACCUCUACACCGCGCUCCAGAACGCGGCGCUGGACCGCUCCAUCAAGAUCUCCACGCCGCACGCCAUGGGCGUCAUCGCAAACUCCUUCCCGCCCUCCUCCGCCACCUUCGACGCCCGCUUCGCGCCGCUGCUCUCCCCCAUCCUCGACUUCAUCGCCAACACGGGCUCCUUCUUCAUGCUCAACGCCUACCCCUACUACGCCUACCGCAACUCCGCUGCCACCACCGCGCUCGACUUCGCGCUGCUCCAGCCCAGCGCCGCCGGCUUCACGGACCCAGGCUCAGGCCUCCACUACGGCGAUCUCCUCUCCGCGCAGCUCGACGCGGCGUUCUACGCGCUGGCCGCCAUGGGCCACCGCAGCCUCGCCAUCGUGGUCACGGAGACCGGGUGGCCCUCCAUGGGCGGCGCUGGCGAGACGCGCAUCGUCAACCUCCAGAACGCCGCCACGUACAACAACAACGUCCUCCGGGUGGCCAUGUCGGGGCAGGGCACGCCAUUCCGGCCUGGGCAGAUCACGGACGUCUAUAUCUUCGAGCUCUUCAACGAGAAUCAACGGCCAGGACCCACCGCCAACCGCAACUGGGGCCUCUUCCGCCCCGACGGAUCCAAGUUCUACUCCAUCGGGGGAUUCGGGGGCUAUGCCGGGGGCGGGACCGGUGGUGGCGCUGGCGGCGCCGCUGGGAACUCCCCCGGGGUCAUCGAGCUCAACCGGACGUUUUGCAUCGCCGCCGCCAACGGGAACUUCAACACGCUCCAGGCGAAUCUGGAUUGGGUGUGUGGGCAGCAGCAGGUGGAUUGCUCGCCCGUGCAGCCGGGCGGGCGGUGCUACCAGCCGGAUACCGUGGCGUCGCACGCGUCGUAUGUGUUCAAUGCCUACUUCCAGCUCAAUGGGAUGAACCCCAAUGCGUGUAGCUUCAAUGGCGUGUCCGUGAUCACGACCAUGGAUCCAAGCUACAAUCGAUGCAUCUACAUUGGGAGCCUCGCGCAACUUAGCCGGAGCAAGGGGCAACCGAUGCGAUCGCGCUGGCAGAGAUUCGCGAUCACGGUCCUUCUUUUUUUUUCUAUUCUAUGAUCGGCGCUUCCAUCUUCUAGGUAGCUCAAAAUCAAUCGAGAGCCCUUCUUUUCAAAUAA